AUGCGCGUUGCAGCAUUCGCCACUCUCGCCCUUUACACCCUCGUCGCUCCUGCCCUUGCGGCCCCUAUUCAAGCAGGAACAAGCGAAAUAGCAGCACGCUCAGUUGGGAGCCAGCUCGAGGCGCGAGAUGAGCACCCGCACCCACGCCCACAUCAUCAUCGUCACCGCCACCACCCGGAUAAUGCGAACGCCCCGAGUGCAAACUUGCAAACCCCGCCAACCACGGAUGUCCAAGGAACGUCGAAACGCUCAGAAAUGUCGACGGAGAACCUUGAACGUCGGAAUUUCAAACACUUCCUGGGUAAAGCUGCAUCAACUGCUUUCAAGGUGGGCACGACCUUGCUCUUCCGACGUGACGGUGGGGGGCCACUGCCACCGCUCGAACGCCGAUCGUUUGUCGCGAAGAUUUCCGGCCUGGAGAAGCGCAAUCCUGUCGUAUUCACUGUCCGUGAGCUAGAUUAG